GAGAGCAAAAGCUGGUGUAAAAUCUUUCCAGCAGACGUGUGUGUUCAUCUGACCUUCAGUCUGUUCAUCCUGAUCAGAGGAGAAGAUUCUUGAAGAAGCUGAAGAAGUGAAGCUGAAUCACACAAGAGCUCUUUCUGUUGCUGAACUUUGUGUCCAGAUUUCAUCAUGAUGAAGACAGUCUCAAGAGGAGACUCCAUGUUAACACCUCCAAGGAGGGAAGAUCCUCCUGACAACUAUUUAGACGACAUGGCCGAGUGUUUGUUAUUUUACUUUAACAGGUUUCAGUGGUUAGAAGUUAAAAAUGAGAUUGAAGAGACCUGUGACAUUAAAAACCAGCAUUUAUGGUCAAAUGAAGACAUUAAAAAAGCUUCGGAUGAAACGGAGAGAAUGGUAAAAAAACGUGAUCCCAAAGUCAAACAGUGGGCUUGCGUGGUAACAUUUCAGAUAAAGCAAAGGUUGGAUUAUGAGAAGCAUAAAACAUCAGAAACUCAGUCUAGUCUGACUGAUGCAGCGCAGCCAUUUGGCACUGUGACGCCUGAUCUAUCCCACAGACCAGCGGACAGAGCAUCUCAGAGGGGUUAUUCAGCCAUCGGCAUCAAGAUCCCACUCUCAGAACUGUUUGGUAAUGAAGCCACCUCUGAGCAAGCUGUAACAAUCCCAUCAGAGUAUAAAUUAACUGAUGGAUGUCCUUCAAGAAGAAAAAUUACCAGAAAAAAGUCUUACGUCUCGUCAUACAAUGAAAACACCAAUAAUCCUGAUUGGGUGUUUGAGAUACUGAACAAGCAGACUUUAGCUCAGAAUUAUACAGGAACUGGAAGGUUUCCUGAAUGUGACAUAGGUAAAGACUACAAUAAAGGUCAUCUUGCUGCGGCUCGCAAUAACAGGUGGUCUAAACAAGCCUUUGAAGACACUUUUGAUCUCAUCAACAUGUCACCGCAGCUCGCUGAGUUAAAUAAUUGCAUGUGGAAAUCUUUAGAGCAUAGGUGUCGUAAAAAAGCAAAGGAUAACAAUAUCCGUAACCUCCACGUGUACACUGGAACAAUUAUACUAGAUUCAGGAUCUGUAGGACAGAGCGGAAACAAGAAAGCGGUGCCAGAUUACUUCUAUAAAGUGAUUAUUGAGGAGACAGAUGGGACGGUAUCAAAGCCAGUGUGCUAUCUGAUUUAUAAUGACAAAGACAAAAUAAAACAUGAUCUCGAAACAAGGGGACCUGAGCGAGACUUUCUAACCCAAAGAUACAGAAUUCACAUUGAGAACACUGAGAAUGAAAAUAUCGGGAACAUUGAGCACACUGAGAAAACUGAGGACAUUAAGAACAUUAAGAACAUCAUUGGCAAAAUCUUUGUAAGGCCUGCUCAGAUGUACACCGAUGAGAUCAGGAGUGUGACGUGGACAGGAGAAGGUGAUGGAGAAACUUUACAUAGUGUUCACAUUGAAGUCAGAAUGAGCAUCCCUGAAUAAUCAGCAACGUAUAAUAAUAAUGAUUCGACAGUCAGUGGUGGAAAGAGUACUGAAAAAUCAUACUUAAGUAA